CCGUGCCGUGCCGUCCUGUCCUGUGCUGUCCUGCCAGCAGAGAUGCUGCGAGUGCGGUGCUUGCGCGGAGGAAGCCGCGGAGCCGAAGCGGCGCAUUACAUCGGCUCACGGCUGCAAAGAGUCUUUACAGGAUGGGUGCAGCGAACUUUCCAGAGCACCCAGGCAGCCACGGCCUCCCAGAACACCUGUGCUGCUGAUGACAAGGCCACCAGCCCUGUGCCUAAAGACUGUCUUGUUUGCUCAUACAAUGAAUGGGACCCACUGGAAGAGGUCAUUGUGGGAAGAGCUGAAAAUGCUUGCGUCCCACCUUUUUCUGUGGAGGUUAAGGCCAACACGUAUGAGAAGUAUUGGGGAUUUUAUCAGAAAUUUGGAGGCCAGAGUUUCCCCAAAGACCAUUUAAAAAAAGCUAUUGCUGAAAUUGAAGAGAUGUGCAAUAUUUUGAAAGGAGAAGGUGUUAUUGUCAAGAGGCCCGAUCCAAUUGACUGGUCUGUGAAGUAUAAAACACCUGAUUUUGAGUCUACAGGUAUGUAUGGUGCCAUGCCAAGAGACAUCCUGUUAGUAGUAGGAAAUGAAAUUAUUGAAGCACCUAUGGCUUGGCGUGCUCGGUUCUUUGAGUACAGGGCAUAUAGACGACUAAUCAAAGAUUAUUUCAACAGUGGUGCUAAGUGGACAACUGCCCCUAAACCCACAAUGGCAGAUGAACUCUAUGAUCAGAAUUAUCCAAUCCACUCCGUUGAAGACAGGCAUAAACUGGCUGCUCAGGGAAAAUUUGUAACUACUGAAUUUGAGCCAUGCUUUGAUGCCGCUGACUUCAUUAGAGCUGGAAGAGAUAUCUUUGUACAAAGGAGCCAGGUUACAAACUAUAUGGGUAUUGAAUGGAUGAGGCGACAUCUUGCACCAGACUACAGAGUGCAUAUAAUAUCCUUUAAGGAUCCUAACCCUAUGCACAUUGAUGCCACUUUUAACAUCAUUGGACCUGGUCUUGUGCUCUCUAACCCAGACCGUCCCUGCCACCAGGUAAGACUAUAGAAGAGGAGAAAGUGUUUUGUGUUUAAAAAGGACUCAGCUGGAUUAGUUCCCUCCUGGGUAAUUACUCUUCCACACUUGAUUCUCAUGUGUUUAGAUCACCCACUGUGGAUGUCUUCUAAAUGGCUCUCCAUGAAUGUCCUGAUGCUGGAUGAGAAACGUGUGAUGGUGGAUGCCAAUGAGACAUCGAUUCAGAAGAUGUUUGAAAAGCUGGGCAUUUCCACAAUUAAAGUGAAUAUUCGCCACGCCAAUUCACUGGGAGGUGGUUUCCACUGCUGGACAUGUGACAUCCGCCGCCGUGGGACCCUGCAGUCUUAUUUUGACUAGUUAUGAACCAAAUAGGUAGCAAUGGUUCAGCUUCUAAAAUAGGCAUAGGAAAUGAACAAAUCAAUGUCACUUUUGUUAAAAUGACUGCAUGAGCUCUAGUGCUUGAUCAGUGGUGUCCUCACAGUGGUCUGGUAAAUGUUUCAUUCUUAAAUACCCUUCACUUUCAGCAGGAUAAUUGAAACUACUUCCAUCAGCAAUACAGGUUUUCUGGCUGCCUUUUUGAAAGACAUCCUUCACCUAUGAAGCCUUUUCAUGUUGGCUUUGAAUGUAAAAGCUUGACAAAACAGCUAAAAGGCCUUGUUAGAAUAGCUUGGCCACUAAUAUUGGAUAUCUACCUCUAUCGAGUUACUCUAUCAAAUAGGCAGCUUGAAAUGUGAAACUUGAGUAAACUUUCCUUAUUCCUUUUAAUCACUUUUUUUCCUAAUAUAUUCAUGUCUCAUGAAGUUAAAACAGAUGCAACUGUAUAGAUCUCUUAUGGAACCAAGUAAUUUUAUAAUGUUUUUCACAUUGAGCCAUACAGAUAUUUACAGAGAGUUUCCAGUAUGAUCUAACUUCUAAGACAUGUUCACUUACUUGCCAUGUACUUCUACAUUUUCUUCUGAUGCAUGUCAUGCACCUGAAUACCUUUUUAUAUUGCUUUUUGUAUUGCUGAAAUUGGGUUUUAUUUAACUUUUAUUCUGCUUGUACAGGUUUCACUCUGAGUUGUUUACAUAACUUAAAAAAAGGCACAAAACAAAACCCCAACGACAAGCCCUCCUAACCUUAAACUUCUGACACCUUACAACCCUGUCUUCCUUCAGCUGUAGCAGAUACAGAAAGAUGUAUCAAAACAUGCCAGAUGCCAUGAAGGAAUUUGAGUACUGAUUACUGACUAUGUACUUUUUAUGCUAAUAAAGUUUUUUGCAUUCUCAA